CGAUCGCUUUCCAACACCACGACAGGGAACGCGCGUGAUUUUCUGUUUUUUCCAAAUUUUUCAUAAUUUGUUUAAAAAAUAUUAAAUAAAUGUCUUCGUUUUUAAAUUUACUGCCCAGUGGCAGUAAUGUUAAUUUAGAAAAGUGCGGAGAUGUUGUUAUUUCACCAAAGGACAACAUUAUGGCUUUGUAUUGUCGCUUCUGUAGCGAUAUUUUCACCAGAUUGCCGGAAUUCGCCAGGCACUUGCAAGCAAAUCAUAGUGACAUUUUGAGUUUUGCCGUUGAACAGAAUGUUUAUAGUGUGGAGGAGCUACUUGGGGACCAGGAUAAUGAACAGGACACUGAGCAAUCUGCCUCGGAUAGCAGUAGCAGCGGUGAUUCCGGUUUGCCGGAAAGGGAAAGAGAUGAAGAGAUUAGUAAGAAAAAUGCGACAUCUGAAGUGUAUGCCUGUCAGUCCAAUGCAAACAUAGUGGAAGCCCUGGCGGCCAAUGAUAUAGAUUUGAAUGAUUCAUUGGAUAACUCUGAUAAUGACAAAGAUUUACAAACUGAGGUGGAGUCCUUGUUGUUUAAUGAUGAUGAAAAUAAAGCAGAUAACCUUGUAGAACCAUUUUCAAACAAAGAUACAAAAAUCGUAACAGAAUCUAAAUAUUGCGAGAUUACAGAAACGGAAACCCAAAAAGAUACCAAGGGAUUCCGUCAGAGUCGCAGCAAGACAGAGAAGAGAUCCUUAAGCAUUUGUGACUUGAAGAGUUACAGCAUCACUCGAAUGACUCGCAGACGUGAGAUGAAACAAAUGAGCAGCGUCAGGAUGCGCAUAAUACGAUCUCUUCAAGUCGAAGAAAUGGCUGCCAAACCAGUCCGUACUCCCUUGAGCAAUCUUUCUUCCAAAGAGCACUUGGCAGAUGAUAAUGUUAAAGGGAAACACUCUCUAGAAGCAAAACAUCCCCUGAUAGAAAAACCAAAAUUACUGGCAAUUCAAGAAUCGAAAGAAAAUCAAAAACUAUUGGCAAAGAUUUCAUCAGCUACUUUGGCAAAGCCGACGCCACCGCCAAUACCGUCAUUGGGUCCUCUUGAAUCCACUGAAUCCUUUCAGAAACCUUGCAUCUACAAUGUUCCUCCAAUGCCUAUCAAAUUGGAGUCAGAUUCUAAGAAAAAGCUAAAAGGCAAAUUUGUAGAAAUAAGUAAAGUUGAAAUUUUGCCAAAACUCAAUUUGAAGCAGGAAAAGAGUUUUGAGAAGCAACCCCAAAGAUCAGCUAAUUUGGAAGAUGACUUAAGUCCAAUGCCAAAGAAGGCUAGAAGUGAAACAAGACCAGUCAAUGAGAAUAUAGACUCCAAACCAAUGCCACAAAAGGCCAGAAGUGAAUCAUUAAAGGAUAACUCUCAGGAGCAGCUCCCGAAAUGCAACCGAAAUGACGAAUCUAGUCGUUGCCCUUUAAACUUUAGCCUAUCAGAAAGUGUAAUUGAAUUUCUGCAAACUGAUUUAAAAUCUACACCACUUGACGGUGCCGAUAGCCUUCUUCAGUUGGCUAUGCCCAAGGAAAGUGAACCUCCAAGUCAGUUGAAAAUGAAGCCACAAAAUGAUCAAGAAUUGCCAUCUAAACCUAAAGUCAUUAAGGAUGAUCUUACUCUAUUGAAAUUGAUUGGGUUACCUGUUAUAAUAUUUCCCACCUAUGUGGAUAAACUUCACCAGGAUGAAUACGAUAAUAUGCGCGAAAAAGCAGCAAAAUUCACACAAAUCUUUCGCAAUUACGCCGUCAUUUGGAAUCGUAGAAAAUUCAUUGUUAGCUCGGAUCAAUUAGAAAGUCUAAAUCAUCAAUUGGGCUUACUCAAGGACGAACUAAAUCGUAAACUACACAUUAAUUUGAAUAUUUUGGAAUUGAAACGUCUGCUGAAUCUUAUAAACAUUUGGCAUGGUAAACAAAUUGAAUUGGUUUAUUUCCAAAAGAUUAAGUUAUCAUCCAAUGUAGAGUAUUAUUUUCAAUUAUUUAAUUUUCUAUCAAAAAUGAGUAAUUUCUUAUUCUAUUGUGAGUAUUGUGAAGAAACACUCUAUUUUGAGACCGAAUAUAAGAAUCAUUUGCAAAAGCAUCGCGUAGUGAAAAGAGUUGCAGGAUCCAAGCAAAUGAAAACUGUUGCCAAGGAUAAUUAAGUUGUUUUUUUUUUUGAGGAAAUUAUUCCAAAGACAUACCAAUAGUCAGCAUAUAAACUAAGUUUCGUUUGUUAAGUUCUUUCUCUUUAUAGUAUAUUCAAGUUAUUCUAGCUUUAGUUAUAUAAGUUCUUGUAAAGGUUAUGACAUUCAACUAGGUUUUACAUGUAAAGUCAUUUUCAUUCCAUUUUUUGUAAACUUUUGUUCCGUAUAUGGAAUCGAACUGAAAAGAAUUACUUACUUUAUGUAAAAGUAUACAUUUUUCGGUAAUUUUUACACAAUUUUUGAAAAUUACCUACAUCAUUCGUUAACUGACUUUGCAACAUAAUAUAACACGUUUUUCUAUCUUUAACCCUUGUUAGUAUAAAGAAGUUUUCACUCACUCCCUUUAAUUUGCAAAAAUUGC